GGAGCCCGACGGGGUUGGGGGCGCACAGGGACCAUCCCUGCCUGGCCUGCCUGAGGAGAGGGAUUCAUGAGAGGGGGUAGUUGGCGGGGGGAGGAGGAGGUGGUAGAGGCUGAGGCUGGCUCAUAGGCCACCCCCUCACGGGCCGCCGGGGGAGAAAAGGGCCCCUCUCCCCUUCCUCUGUGGGCAGCGCCUCUCCUGCUGUGGUGGGGAAGGAGCAACAGGCAGCCCUACCGAGAGUCCUGCUCAGCCACGCUCUUGUGCAGGAGGAGAAGAUGGAGGGUGGUACCCACCCCCCCUGGCCUCGCCUUCCCCAACUGACUGCGAUCCUAAAUGCACUUACUAGAGAGGAAGCCCAGCACUGGGCACAGUGGGGCUUCUGAGUAAACGGGCUUAAGAUCCCCCUGUCUGUCCGCCGGCGGAGCUCCCCCUUCCCAGCUGUUGGGUCCAGAAGUGUUUUCCUCUUAAGGACUCCUCGAUCUGGAAAGGUGGCGGAGUGACAGCGCAGCCCUUCUCUCUCUCACGCACACACACACAGAGUCUCCCCACAACAACCACCUUCAGUUUCUCCCCAAGUGGAAUGCUAAGCAAGUUCUGUUGUGCAGAGAGCCUGGCUAUGUCAUCUCUUUUGUCUCUGAGUUGGUGGCAACAGCAAGGUUGCCAGUUUCUGUCUUGUAUAACUGGCCCUGUUCCUGUGCUCUUAGCAGCAGCUUCAGCUACAGACAUUAGCAAGAUCCUAAUUGACCUGCAUUGAAUAAGUGUCACCUGCCGAUUUCUGCAGCUCAACUUGUGAACAAGAGAGCAGACUGGAUUUGUGGUUUUGUUGUGUCCCGCCACCCCCCACCCCCCCAGUUAAUGAUAUGGAUGGAAGGAGGAGGCAUCUAGUAGUCCUGGAAGAGAAGUAUUUGGUCUGGAUGACUUUACUUGCUGAUCCUUUCUGUAGAAGGAAUAGACCUUCUGCCCAAGUCUCAGUUCCCUUAUCCACUCUCUAGGUUUGCAUUCUUCUAUCUAUCUUAUGCAAAGGGACCCAGUAUUGUCAUUGUAGUAUAUGGUAGGAUGAAGUCCCAUCUUAGGCAUGAAUGACGCUAGCUGUUCCUAACCCAAGGAAUGGGGAGAUACCUCCAGAAACAGCUCUUUUUUCUCUGGUGUUGUACUCACCAAGUUGAAGAGCUAAAGAGAUCUGUGUUGUAACUGAAGAUUUGAAACAAGCACACAAACUGAUAACUGAGUGAGGAUGUAUUUACUACUCAUAGAGGUGGUGAAAUAGAGAGGGAGAUUAUGCCUUCUGUUCUCAUCACGAAUCCGAAUUGUAACACGUUCUAGGCCUGAACAAAUGUCAAGCACUUCAAUACAAUUGAAUGUUUACAAGCACGUCCUAUAACCAGUGUUGCAGUUCUUUUGCAUUUUACAGUGAAAUAAACCUAUAGAAAAUCUACACUGAUCAAAUGAACUCAUAGCAUAUUUCUCUAAGAUCUUUGAGGAGGAUUUUGCUUUUAUGAAAAAAUUCCAUCACAUCAAGAGCAACUAUGCAUUAGAAGAAAAUAACCUGCUGGGGCAGAAAACACUUACUACUUAAAGGAUGAAUAGCGAAGAGGAGUUCUAUGAUGCCGUCACAGGCUUUGAUUCUGAUAAUUCUUCAGGGGAAUUUUCAGAAGCAAUUCCUAGAGUUGAUGUGGAUGCCCAUCCAUUUAAUACGACUGGAAGGCACAAUGGAGAUGGACAGGUGCAAGAGAAUGGCAUCAAGAAACACAGAACAACAUUACCUGCACCAAUGUUUACUAGGAGCGAUUUUAGUAUUUGGAGUAUCUUAAAAAAAUGUAUUGGACUGGAGCUGUCUAAGAUUACAAUGCCCAUUGCCUUCAAUGAACCCCUGAGUUUUCUUCAACGGAUAACAGAAUAUAUGGAACACACAUACCUCAUUAAUAAAGCAUGCAGUCAUUUGAACCCUCUAGAAAGAAUGCAAGCUGUUGCUGCUUUCGCUGUUUCUGCUGUAGCCUCUCAGUGGGAGAGAACUGGCAAACCAUUUAACCCUUUACUUGGCGAAACAUAUGAAUUAAUCAGGGAGGAUUUAGGUUUUAAGUUUAUUUCUGAACAGGUCAGUCAUCACCCACCUGUCAGUGCAUUUUAUUCAGAAGGCUUAAACCAGGACUUCAUUUUUCACGGAUCCAUUUACCCUAAACUGAAAUUCUGGGGGAAGAGUGUGGAAGCGGAGCCUCGGGGAACAAUAACAUUGGAGCUUUUAAAAUAUAAUGAAGCUUACACAUGGACUAAUCCUACCUGUUGUGUACAUAAUGUAAUUAUUGGCAAGCUCUGGAUAGAACAGUAUGGCACAGUAGAAAUUAUAAAUCACAGUACUGGAGAUAAAUGUAUCCUUAACUUUAAACCAUGUGGGCUGUUUGGUAAAGAGCUUCACAAAAUAGAGGGCUACAUUCAGGAUAAAAACAAGAAGAAACUCUCAGUAAUCUAUGGCAAAUGGACAGAAUGCUUAUGGUGUGUUGAUCCUUCCACUUAUGAAAACUACAAGAAGAAUGAAAGGAGAGGUGGUGACCAGAAGAAACCCAAGCCGAGUGACGAUGCUGAAAAUGAUGAAGCUGAUGAUAUGCCAGAGAUCCAAGAGACUGUGCAAGUCAUACCUGGCAGUAAGCUGCUUUGGAGGAUAAGCUCUAGGCCACCAAAUUCAUCCCAGAUGUACAAUUUCACCAGUUUUGCUGUCAGUCUUAAUGAGCUAGAAAAGGGCAUGGAAGAAGUAUUGGCUCCCACUGACUGUCGUCUGCGGCCAGACAUCAGACACAUGGAGAACGGCGAAAUAGAUCUGGCCAGCAAAGAAAAGGAGAGAGUAGAAGAGAAGCAGAGAGCUGCUCGUAAAGAACGUGCAAAAGAUGAAUCUGAAUGGAGGACAAGGUGGUUUUAUCAAGGCAGUAAUCCAUAUACUGGCAAUCCUGACUGGUUAUACUCUGGAGGGUACUUUGAUAGAAACUUCUUUGAUUGUCCAGAUAUAUACUGAAAUCUUGAAUGCAGUUGCUCCUGUGCCCAGAGUCUGAAGACCUCUAUUGACACCAGUGACUCUCUGGCUUUAUCAAGAGUAGAAUCUACCCUUUUCUAAAGUAAAAAUUUAACAAAAGUUAUCAGUCGUCGAUCAAGGAUUUGUCAUUUAAUUUUGAUUGCCAAAUUAUUUAAGUGCUGUUAUUUCUUUCUAUAAAGCUACAACCUGAAAUGAUUGUUUCAAAGGAGAGUCAUUGGCAUGAGUUAUUCUGUUUUGUUAAUUUCUAUAUUUUGUUUUUUGGCCAGAAUUAACAUGCUGUAGCCAGUGGGGCUAGCAGCACCUUAUUAAAUGCGUAACUUAUUAAAUGAAGAUUAUAGCCAUGUAGCUUCUUAUAUUUCAGCAGUGAAGUACCUUGUAAGUAUUCACAACUCGGAGCAACAGUUUUGAAUUGGUACAAUAGAAAUCUGAUGUGGCCUUUGGAGAGGUGUCCGAUGAGAAUUAGAGACUUCUUGAGAGUUCUUUGAAUAGUCAAUUUUUAAGUACUUGACAACUACAGCAGAGAGCAAUUAGGCUUAACUUGCAAUUUUUGAUGCUGUUACUCUGUCUUGCCUCAAUCUGGGCACUGUGAUUUAUCAAUGAAAUGAAGUACCUGUGAUUUUUUUAAAAAAAAAACCAAACUACUACAUUGAAUGUUGGGCAUGGUUUGCAGGUGUUUGUAACAAACACCAGCUUGUUUGAAGUUUCAAAAUAUUUUAUUUUUAAAACACAGCAGGCUUUGGAGAAAUUUAUAGGAACCUGGGUGUCGUGUGUGUAUCAUGUAUGAAACCACAUGUUUUUUUGCUACUGUUUAGAGAUGUCUUUGUCUCCAGCACUGCUUUUGGCAGGCUGAUAUUUAGAAUUUCCAGGCUUUUUCACAAACAUGAACACCCUUCUUCCUCUUUGGAUGUACUCGGAAUAUAUGUGCAAAAAAAGGUCAUUGGGGGGUUUGGGUUUUCUUUUGAAUACAAGUUCUAAAGCAUUUACUGGGUCGCAACUGAUAGUACAUGGUUGAAAAGCAAUUGCCUUCUACUACCCUUUGGCUAAAACUGAGUGAUAUAACUGAAGCUUUCAUUGAACUUCAAACAGGCAUAAUUUUCCUUGAGAGUGGAUUUAUAUUUGUGGAUUUACACAUGUCAAAGCCAUAUAAUGCCUGAGUUGUUGAAUUGUGGGGGAAAUUGUGUGGUGUUAUCUAUACAUUUCUAGAAGUCAAGUGAACAUAUGUGUGGAAUUGGGAGGGAAAAGGUUAGUAAGGAUUUUUUAAAGCUUUCAAAAAUGCAUUGCUAAAUGUAUGCAAUCAUCCAAAUUUGGAAAGAGGCAACCUUGCUAUUAAAUUUACAGUAACUCAAAAACCUGGCUAGUUCAAAGAGAAUAAUUUUGUGAUAGAUUACCUGGCUGUAAUACUGUUGUACUCCAUGGGGCUAGACCAGUGUAGGUGAUCCUUAAUUUGUCAUUUAAUUAUACAUAUUUAAAGUGUCCAGACUGGCCAGUGAUUUUCAUAUAUAUUUUAAAGUUUUGUACUUGCAAACAUCAACCAAAGACUAGAGGUGUUUGAAGGACAUCUAAAGAGGAAACUGGAGCACAACAAUGUGACUGUAGCAUUUUAGUCACAUUUCAUUCCAUUUUCCAGGAAAUAAGUUAUCCUGAAACAUCCAAGGCAAUAAAACACACCAUUGAGAGAAAUCCUUGACUAGAGUACCUUGUUGUCAGCAUUUAGCCUGAUGUUGUCUUUGGGAGUGAUUCCCCAUUACAGCUUCAUGUCCUCCAGUUUAGCGGCGAUGAAAAUUUGCUUUCUGAAUGUCAGCUCUUCGGGUCUCUUGGACUUACCUUAGUCUUCACUGUAUUUAAUAUUUCUUUUAUUCAGUCCUGCAGUGAAUAAAUAAGCACUAUUCCUUAUUACAAUCGAUCAAGUGUGCACAAUUUAAUAAGAAGCUUCUUAAGAGAGAUAAAAAGAGGUACUGUUAGCAUAAUGUCCCCUUCUGGCAAGAACCUUUUCACUAAUGUUUUGUUCCAGUCCUGAAGGCAAUAAGAUAAGAGUAAUUCUUCCUCCCUUUUUCCUGCUUGAACAGAUAGUUGGUAGGAAAAGAUGAAACAGUAUGCCCACAACUCAUCUCCUCCAGCCCUCCCAGAUAGGGCAGAUGGGGUAGUGGCAAGUUUGGGCUACAUCUGAACAAGUGCAGCAUUGGACAUGUACUUUGCAGGCUAUACCCACAGAUCUCCAAAUCAGUGUAACUGCUGGUUGAAGCCUUUCUGUUUGGAUGGGAGGCAUUUUGAGUCCCAGCAGCAACUGGUAUGUGUAGCAAGGUCAGUGAAGUGCCAGAACUCACUUCCCGAAGGAUCACCCCUCACAGGAUCAAGGCCAUUGUAGCCUCUUAUUGUUGGAAGUACUGGAAAGGCUUAUUUUAAGCCAAAAUUUUAAUCUAUAAAUGUUAAAGCUACUUCAGCCUUGUACAUAAGAGAAUUGGAGGCACAUUUUAAUACUUCAAAGGGAUAGUUUUAAUUUUGAAUUUCAGAACAAACACAAUUGGCUUAACCUUUUAAAAAUAAAAUCUUGUGGCACCUUAAAGACUAAAACAUUAUUUUAGCAGAAGCUUUUGUGAACUAGAGCCAGUGUUCCCUGUAACAGGGAUUCCCAAAUGUUAACCUCAACUCCCAUAAUCCCCAGCCAAAGGCCAUUGCAGCUGGGGAUGCUGGGUGUUGUAGUCAGCAACAUAUGGGAAUCUCUGUUACAGGGAACACUGAUAGAGCCCACUUUGUCAGUCCAUGAAAGCUUAUGCCACAAUAAAUUUAGGUGCCACAAGACUCUUGGGCACAAACCACUCAUAAAGAUAUGCUUUAGGAACUCAGAGCCCAUAUGCUGCUGUUCCCUUCACAUGCUUGGCUGCAAGGGAGGAAUCCUUGUUAAUUAAAUCACAGCUGCAUGUGCCUCUGAACUCAGCAGCUGUGGUUUAACUAUGGUUUGCAAACUGGAUCCAAGUUUCAUGUCUGAGUUUAUAAACCAUAGCUAUGCUACAACUGCUGGGCUUGGUCAACAGGCAGAGCUGUGAUGUAACUGAUCAGGAUCCCUUCAUCCCAGCUCUGUGUCAAAGAUGAGGAGAGGAGAGGAGGGAGCAUUUAUGAUCCAGCUAAACCAGGCCAAUCAUGGUUACCACUCUGGAAGUUGUUACUUUGAAAAACAAGUUUACAAGAGAGAUUUCAUCCAAAUUGCACCAUGACAUUAAAAUGCCAUUUAGUGUGUUCUGAUAUUUCAGCUUUUAAAAACCCAUGUUUUAUUGCCUAUGAUAUGCUCAAUUUGACUAUUAAAAAAAGUUGGUGAUUGACAGUUUCCCUACCACUAACCUUUUAUCAACCUGCAUUUAAAACAAGUUCACAUCUUAUGCCUCCUAGGAAGUUGCCUUCUACUGAGCUGGACCGCCGGUCCCUAGAGCUCAGUAUUAUUUACAUUGACUGGCAGCAGUUUCCCAGAAUUUCAGACAGGAGGCUUCCCUAGGCACAUACCAGGGUUGCAUGGCUGUCUCAUGCACUUGGACAACUGGCUGGCUCUUGUUGUGCAUAACCAUUAAAAAUCAAAAGUGCAGCUCACAGACUGAGAAAAAACAAAUGGGUUGCAGUUAGAGAAGGGUUAGGGUUGCUACCUGGUUUGAGAAAUACAGAAGGUUCAACUUGAGCAGGCCCUUCUCACAAUUGUUCCACUGCUAAUGAUGAAUUGCACUAAGAAACACUUCUUAAAAAUAGCAAACAUGUUUUCUUGCAUUUGUCUCUUAUUUCUAGACUGUUUCAUCGCUACAGCAGAUGGUAGUCUAACACACAUCAGGAUAGAAUCGGAUUCAACUACACAAGAUCCUUAAAAGCUUUAACUAGAUUUGUAAAACACAUUUUAAAAAUGAUACUCACUUGGUUGGUUUACAUGUUACUUGCACUUAAUAUUAGUACCACCUUCAUAACAAGCACUGCAUUACAAAGUUGAUCAUUUGGCACUUCCAUUGGGGGGUGGGGGUGGAAGCACUUUUUAAAAAUCAUGUUAAAUAUUAAGGUAGAUAUUAACUUAAAGCAAAUAUUUUUAUGAGGAGAAUAGUUACUUAUUUUCUUGGCUGCUCACUUUUCAUUGUAUUUAGACUUUUUUUUCAUGGCUGCUCAUGUAUCAUUGUUUCUACCUUUAUACACUGACUGAAUCAAGGUUUGUGCAUACAUUAGCUCCAAUGCAGGGAUGCUGGUUGUCAUCUAAAGGUUCCGAUGCGUGUGGAGCACUGCAUAAGCAGGGGGUUCAUCAUGUGACUUUAGUGGGUGGAGCCUCCUAUGGCACUGAAGUAAAUUGAGUAACCUCUUCUUGCUGGAGCUCCUGAUGCACAAAGAGCUGUUUUGUUUGCUGUGUCAACAGGUAAAUUAGGUUUCUUCAGGGUAGAUGCAAGCUUAUCUCUAAGUAGCUAACAGAUGUAGUUUGCUAGACAUAAGCAAGAUGGGUAACACUAGACUACCUCGGGCAUAGCAUGGCAGCAGCAGGCAAUUAACUUGGGAUAAAACCAAUUUACCCAGGGAUAAAUACUGCAAAAACUUAGCGUGUCCACAAACCUUCAUGCAGUCAGUUUGCUGUUUCAAUAUGCAGUAGAGUUGGCUGCAUUAGUCUUGCAUUAGGAUGACAAGGAUGCCAGAUCUGUAUGACACUAAAAAUCUAGUAUUUUGGCAGAAUUACAUUAACAGGAAGGUACCACGUACAUUUUGGUUUUUUUAAGCAAAAAGAUUUGAGAUCCUGCUGAAUAAUUGUUUGGUUUGCCUGAUGACGCUUUAAAACUAAAAGGCAAGGGGAAGUGUGCAAAUUGCAUGUUUCUGGUGGACUGAAUUUGGUACAACUGUAUUUUCACUAUAAUUUUAAAAGUAUAAUUGGGUUUGUGGCCAUUGCACCUUGUCUGCAGUUUGGGAUGGAUCAUACAAGGCAGAGCUGAAACCAUUGUUUUACAUAACUGCACAGUUGCCAAUCUGUGGCUCAUUGUUGAAGAGGCAAACCUGCCUAGAUUAGAUUAUAGGUUUGAUAUCGUUUUUUGAAUUGGAUAGUCAGUAAAUUAACAAGCAAUUAUCUGUGAAUCACAAACAUCAUCCCUCCUUAGCAUUUUGAAUUGGUUUUCACUUCCCAGAGUUCUUUCCCAAAUCUGGAAAGGUUGCAAGAGACUCAGAUCCCUAACUGUAACAUUCAGGUAGCUUCUGGGGGAGCGGGCCGGGGGGGAGUGUUGUGGUCAUCCAAACUGUUCAGGUGCCUGGUGUGGUCUUUAAUCCUGUUCACUGUACUCUGUAUUUUAAUGUUGCAAAUAAAAAUGUUGCUAUUCCUGUGUUUUAAUUCAUAUAUUAAUUUGAUGUACUGUAAUGUUGACUCAAAAUAAACGUGAUUUGGGAUUAAUUGUAAAAUAAAGCAAUAUUUAAAUUCAUGUAAAGCUAAUGGUUCUAACACAGAAAAUGAUUUUUUUUUUUAAGUAUGGUUUUUAUAGCAUGGAAAAAGAAAUUGAACACAGAUGCCCCCCUCCACCCUGUUUCUCAGUCCACUCUCUGCUGUUGCUGCUGCUAUUGCUGUUCUUUUUGCCUUACUUAAUUUGCUGUAUUCCUAUUGAUGAUGACGUAUUUACACUGCACAACCCACCAGGAACAUCUUUUCUCCCAACCUCAUUUGAGACACAGGGCUGCAGUCCUGCAGGCUGUGUGCCUGUGCAUCUCCAGUGUACUCGAAUGGGGCUUUGCAUUGGAGAGCAGUUCCUGGCCGAUUGUGUCCCACUGUGGAUUUUGCCUUACCCAUGUUGCAUGAAAAUGUCUGAGAAUAAUAAUAAUAAUAAUAAUAAUAAUAAUAAUAAUAAUAAUAAAGGCUUUAGUGAAAUGGAUUUAUUUUUAUAAUAUUUAAUAACUGUCAAUACUCAUCUAUAUUAACGAUAUAAAAUCAUAUUUACCUUUUUAGAGAAGUCUGUACAGGUUUGUGGACAUAAAUGUUAAAACUGUAAAUCUGAAUAAAGGUUGUUUUGGAGAAGA